AACUUUUUGGUCAUUUUGUUUUCUACUAAUUUUCAUCGCUUAUUCUAUUUUGUGUUCUUCAUUUGAUUGUGUGGAACGUUUUUAAAUUUUUUCGGUUCAUAAAACAAGAUGGCUCUAGAGUGGAAAAGAGAGGUAAUUAUUUUUUCUCUCUUUCUUUGCGAAUCCCUCCGUUUUUUGAUCUCCAGAAACCUAUUUAAUCUUGAGUGGAAAGGAGAAAAAUAUCCCACGAAAUUUAUUUUUUGGAUUGGCUGUCAAAUCUUGUCGUCCAGGAGGAACUCAUCCGGUAAGUAGCGACUUCCACGCCGACAAUUUCAAGAUAUCUUUGCAUCCAAGAACAAGCCAAGUUCGCUCCGCAACCUGACACACAAUUUUUUCUUCGAUAAAGAAAAGGUGCGAGACCUAGUACCGAAAAAAUAUUUUUGGGUUUGUUGCCAAAUAUUGGCGUCCAGGAAGAAUUCAUCCAGUGAGUAGUAACUUCCACGACGACAAUUUCCACAUUUGUUGGAUACUAGAACAAACCAAUUUCUACUGUUGGAACGCCGCGAAGCGAUCCAGGUUCCAGGAAGAAUUGCCAGUAUUUUCAUACUCCUUACCCCGUGAGAAUUAUGAAACUUAGUUUGUGGACAAAUGUUUUCAAUAGAGAAGAUAUAUGAGCAAGCAUCCUAUUGGACGAAGUUUGUAUGGACGAGUUAAGCGGAAUACUGCGUAAAACUAGUUUUAAUAAUCGAUAAGUGUUUUUAAGAAACGCUACCCGAGUGUAAUAAAUGCAUUUUUCUAUUGAAACAAUAAAAUGCAUCCUGUCGCUGUUCACAAUCACAGCGGCCUUGGUGUCCGCCGCGGGCGGACCACAGCAACAGCAAAUACAUUACCAUGCCCCCUGUGACAGAAGUAGAAAAGUACUGACAAUGGAAUACGGCGAAAUUAGCGAUGGACCGGCAGGAUUUAACUACACACAGGAUUCACACUGCGAAUGGCUUAUCAAGGCUCGCAACGAUAGCCAAUUUAUAACGCUCACUUUUCAUACAAUGGGUACAGAGUGUUCAUACGAUUACAUAUACGUUUAUGAUGGCGACUCCUUUAAUUCAACUUUAUUGGGAAGUUUUAGUGGUCGUACCCAACCUCAACGGCUGGUAGCCCACAGUGGAAGUAUGCUGAUAUUGAUGUACAGUGAUACGAAUUAUGUUCUGGAUGGAUUUCGGGCUUCUUACUACAUAUCGAAUUGCUUGAAUAAUUGCCAUAGUCAUGGAAAGUGUGUGGGCCAUCAGUGUGUUUGCCAUGGUGAAUGGGUUGGUCCGGAUUGUGAAGACGAAAUAUGUCCAAAUAAAUGCGGUGAGGCAGAGGGAAGGGGAAAAUGCAUAAAAGGAGUAUGUCAUUGUGAAAAUGGUUACAGUGGGCGUUUAUGCGAUCUACAUGAAAAUCCACCCGGUGGAAAUUGGAGUUGGUUAUCAACAGAUGCUGAAGGAAUGACCGCUCGAGCUGCACACACAGCUGUUUACAUUGAAGAGGAAGAUUCAUUGUAUGUGUUUGGUGGAUACGAUUUAAAUAAUGUUAUAAGUACACUGCAGAUUUAUCGCUUUCAAACUAGCCAAUGGGUUGAUGAAUGGGGAAUAACAUUGCAGAAUCGUCGACAUUAUUAUCAUCAACCAAAAAUUGAUCAUACACUUCUUAAGGCUGUGCUGCAACAUAGAAAUGAGGAUGAAGCUAAACUCUGGGGACUUAAUAGUGACAUUUCGUUCUUUCGGAACAUUCUUUACACAUUGGCUGAAACUAAUCCAACCAAGGAUAUGCAUACAAGAAGAAUGGUGCGAAGUUCUCCACUUCUAACAACCCUCACCGUUAACUCAACCGAUGAAGAAUUAACGGAAUAUCUGGAGGAUAUUUUAGAAGAAGUUACCGAUCAUAAACCUCAUGGCCGUUACGGGCAUGCAGCUGCAACAGUUCCGGGUGGAUUUGUUAUAUUUGGUGGAAAGCAAGCAAACGGAAGCUUUUUCAAUGACUUAUGGUUCUAUAAUCGCAGCGAAAGUGGCGGAAAAUGGAAGCAAUUGGCAAUGCAGUCGAAAGUAAAAGUGCCGCCAAUGGCAAGGCAUACCCUAACAUAUGCCGGUGACUAUUUAUAUAUUUUUGGUGGGAGUUUGGAAACGGGCGAGUUUUCCUCAGACAUUUAUCGUAUACGUUGGCCCAUCACCAAACCUGGAAGCGAUGAAGAGUCGGAGUGGGAAUUUAUACAUCCUCGAGGUGGCAAAAAGCUAGAUGUUCGCCUAGCCGCUCAUACCACGGUGUACUACAAACCAACAAAUUCUUUAAUAGUAUUUGGUGGAAUUAUGACCAGUCUUGCUCGAUUUUCAAAACUAUCAGAUCGCAUAUUUGCCUUUCAAUUGGAUCAGUUUCAUUGGACUGAAAUAUUAUAUCCACGUACAGCACUCAGAGAUACAAAUAUACCGCGUGAACGUGCCUUUCAUACGGCAACGGUGAGUGGCAAUUACAUGAUUGUGUUCGGUGGUUACACGCAUCGGCACAAUAAGGACGAAAUAUGCUACGACAAUCAAAUGUACUGGUAUCAUUUGUCCUGCCACAUAUGGAUUAAUCAAGAUGUACCGGCAGAGGAUAAUAUCUAUCCGAAAAAACAAGGAGUUUUUGCCCAUGCAGCUGCUCUGCGGAAGAAUAACACAUUACUUAUAGUUGGUGGAUAUCAUGGGAAUGUAAAUGCAGACCUAUUUGCUUAUGAACUUCCUCAGGUGCUGAGAGCCAACGGUAUAUUUGGUCAUAAUCCGGAAAUGGCAUGCCGUUAUCACACCUCUCAUGCAGCAUGUCUUUCAAAUCCCGAAUGCGGCUGGUGUUCUGCAGACAGCAGUUGUUAUGGCCGUACCAUUGGCGCCAAUUGUACUAGCAACUUACAAACUUCAAGAUGUCCUGGAAUAUGUCCGUCGCUGGGCGACUGUCACUCAUGUUUAGUUCACGGCACGCAGUGGUCUAGGCCAGUACCUAAUAGCGAAAAUUACCUAUCGGUCGCCAGUAAAUUGGGAUUAAAUGAAUGUUCUUGGUGCGUGCAAAAUGCAAAAUGUCAUCAUCGUGAUGAUAACUAUGGUAUUUGUGGAGAGGAUACUCCCUCCCAUAGUCCAGGCUGGUGGGGUGAACAAGGAACAGAAAUUCGGCACCCCUCUCAGUGUACGAAAAAUGAUCGAAGACCCGGCUUAACAUACAUCAAAUAUCAUUAUCCGGUAAACCUGACAAUGCCUGACUUUGUAGCUAUAGUAAAUGCCACAAUGGUCGACUUCUCAUCGCCCACUCCUACAACACAGUAUGAACAGAAAAUGGAAGGUGAAAUGUUGGCUCGUCUCUUGGGAUUUGUGCGGCCACAAAAACAAUGGGAGGAGGAACCUACGGAGAUACAAGUUUGUACAAGUUAUUCCAAUGCUGUGCUGAAAGCGGGUUUGGGUCGCGAUUUGAGCUCUUUGAAGGAAUUGACCAAACAAGCUUCCAAUCAGUCGUAUUGUAGCAACGUUGAAAUUCCGAGUACGGAGCAGCCGUUCCUAAUAGAUUUUCAGGCACGUCGUCGCAUCGGUCUAAACAACAUCUAUAACACGUAUCAGAAAACGAAAAUGGAAUUGCAACACAUUUACCAUGGCAACUUGAAUGCCUUCACUUUCGAAUAUUUGGAGCCAUACUAUUCGGGAGAGGAUUGCAAUCAAUAUAAAAACUGCUUACAGUGUUUAACUGACAAUGCAUGUGCCUGGUGCUCUCUUAAAUCGCAAUGUAUGCCCAAGACAGUCAAUGAAACUGAGGCGUGCAGUCUUACCAAAGUAGCCGAAAACAAUUCCUCCUAUGUGCUGUGGGAAUAUCUGGUGAAUCAGCCCAGUCAUUGUGCCAAUUGUUCAAAUUAUGUUUCUUGUGAAGAGUGUGUAGACUCGCGUUUAUGUGAAUGGUGGGCUGAGGAGGCACGUUGUGCCCGUUUAGGAAAAUCGGAGAAUAGUGUACGAACGGUUAACCAAUGUCCCGUUCAGUGUAGACUACGAACCAAUUGUCAAGACUGUUUGAAUGAGAGGGGUCGUUGUGUGUGGUGUGAAGCUAAGUCGGCAUGCUUCAGUUUUGCUGUCUAUACGAGUGAGUACCAAUUCGGAAUGUGUCGAGAGUGGCUAGACCAGUCAGUGAGUCCCCACCAAAUUGAAGGAGAUAAUAGUGGCAUGCUGACUUCAAGGUCAUCCGCUUUGAUUCCCAUACACCAUCAGGCUGUACCAAAGCAACAACAGUGCAAAUCUUGUGCUCAAUAUCGCAACUGUACCACUUGUCUGAAAACACUGAGUUGUGGAUGGUGUUUCGAUCGUGACAAUCCCAUCGAAGGCAAAUGCAUGCAAGGCGACUUUAGCAGACCCUUUGGUAAUUGCUCCUUGGCAUUGAACAGUUCCUAUAUACAUGAUGCCGAAUGGGCCUAUGCUCAAUGCCCGGACGUGGAUGAGUGCGGACUGGGUUUGCAUGACUGCCACAAGGAGGCUAAAUGUACAAAUACGCAUGGAUCGUAUAGGUGUCACUGUAGGAGAGGUUUCGUCGGAGACGGCAGACAGUCGUGCACCAGAACCUGUUACGAGACCUGUGUACAUGGCUAUUGCUCUGAUGCUCCAGAUUAUGUUUGUCGCUGUGAAUUGGGCUGGACUGGGGCGGAUUGUUCCAUAAACUGUGGCUGUCACAAUCACUCGACCUGUAAUGAACGUGUCGGCAAAUGUGACUCCUGUCAAGCGUGGACAGAGGGUGAGCGAUGCGAGCGUUGCCGUCAAGGCAGCUACGGAAAUGCGACCUCUGCAGCCGGAUGCACACCCUGUGAAUGUAAUGGUCAUGGCAACCAGGACCUGGGCAUUUGUAAUGUCAAUAACGGUGAAUGCUAUUGUAAGGACAAUACAGAAGGCGUUAAAUGUGACAAAUGUUCUCCGGGUUUUUAUGGAGACCCCAGAGAUGGAGGACAGUGUUAUUACCAGUGUGAAUCGCGUGGAAUGUUGCGAAAUAUGGGUCGAAGUGGCAUUGGCUCUUACAAAGCCUAUAAAUCGCCUUGGGGUGCUAAGUUAGAGGUUAAAGAAUGCUUGUGGAUCUUGGCACCAAAGACACUUCACGCAGAAAAGUCGUUACUUCAAGUUGAGUUCGAGUGGAAUUCUCUGGCCAUGGAUUGUGAUGAAAAUGCUGUUUAUAUUUAUGAUAGCUUGCCCGAUCUGACUGGUGUGUCUCAGCAAAAUCAACUAAUUUCGGUGGUAUGCAAUCCGUACACUUCGUCCCACAUCAUCGAGGCGAGGUCGAGUCAUGUUACAGUUUACUACAAACAAGGUGGUGGUCUUCGUAAACAUUUUGGCUUUAAUGCAUUGUAUACGGUAAAGAAUUGUGUGGCCAAUACCUGUCUACAUCCACAUAUUUGUGACGAGCAACAGCGAUGUGUCUGCCCAGCUGGGUAUGUGGGUCCAAAGUGUGAAAUUGAAAUAUGUCCUCGCAAUUGUAAUGCUAAGAGAAUGCAGGGUUAUUGUGACACAGAUUACGGUCGUUGCAUAUGUAACUUCGGUUGGGGAGGGAAGGAUUGUAGUACCAGCCUUAAACUGAAUCAAAUUACAGUAACAGAGCUAUUCAAUACCAUGUUGCUUUCGGAAUCCUAUGAACAUUUACGAAAAACAAUUCCAAGAUUUGGCCAUACUGUGUGUGCCGAUCGACGAGGUUCCCUAUGGAUGUUUGGAGGCUAUUCGCCAUCACAUGGGCCGCUUAAUGAUUUCCGUCAAUUCGACACCAAAAAUGGCACCUGGAUGCAAGUAACGGUAGAAUCAACACCAGAUGACAAAAUGCCCUUGGGUAGAUAUUUCCAUGCUGCGGAGAUAUAUCUGAAGAGACAGACUAUAUUUAUUUACGGAGGUAUCACAACAAUUGGAUCAACAACAUCUCCAAAACCGGAAAUACUCUCUGAUUUCUGGCAGUUUUCAAUACAAAAUCAACGUUGGUCCGAACUAGAUUUAUCGGGCCACCGUGUCAAGCCACCAGCGCUUGCUGGUCACACCCUAACCUAUACGAGAAAUAAUGAGCGGGAAUCGUUAAUUUUGAUCGGUGGCAUGACACUAAACAAGUCGCGGCAAUUGGAAUUGUGGGAGUUCAAUCUGGAGACAUUCAGAUGGGAACAACUUUUGGCGUUGGGCGUACGCAUGCCAGUCCUCUAUGGCCACACCACGGUUUAUCAUAGCGAGAAACAUAUUAUGUAUGUGUUUGGAGGCUACUCGACGGAGCCACAAAACAAACUGUACGCCUUGCAUUUACAAAAGAUGACAUGGACUGAGUUGCCGCCUUUCAAGGAGCUUAAUCGGCCCGAGUCGUUGUUACCCAGGGCUCGAUACUUUCAUUCAGCUGUCACCACAGACCAGUACAUGAUAGUGUACGGCGGACGCAAUUUCCCCUACAAUGCCAGCGAUGUGCUCGUCGCCUAUGUGUACAAUUGCAAUCAGUGGAUUCGUUUGACGGAGGAUGUGAAUAUUGUGGGCCAACUGCAGAUAUCCACAUAUGCCGAAGACAUAUCUAUAGAUCAUGAAAGUAACACUAUUUACGUGAUCGGCGGAUGGGACGGCAGUGCGGCGCAAAGUCACGUGACCAAGAUAAGUUUACCCAAUGAUAUUUGUCAAUUAUGGAGUGCUGGGAAAUAUUUAUGUCGCCACUACAUGGGCUGUAGUUUCUGUACUGUGUCGGCCAACUUUGUGACCUCUUCGUUUUGCUAUUCCCAUGACACACACAGUGGAGUGUGCAAUAAUGGAAACGGCACCCUGGUGUACAACAAUGGUGCCGCCUGCGACGAUGCGUGGAUGUCAAGAAGAAACUGUUCCAGUUUUACCACCUGCUCAGCAUGUUUAGCUUCGUGGCCGUCGCAUGUGGAAACAACACCUGUCUGUCAGUGGUGUGAUGAGUGUGGCAUAAAGGGUAGGUGUGUCCCAGCCGGCGUUGAUUGUGAACGUCGUACGUGGUGUUCGAAAGAAGUAAGUGUUGGCCUCUUAAAUUUAUGUCCACAGCCUCAGUGUCACACGCUGUAUUGUGAAGCUUGUAUUUUAAACGAGAAUUGUGAGUGGGCCCAAAACGAAUUGGGAACGAUUGAAUGUAUCACAAAGGAAUUGGUGGAACAAAAUCAAUACAAGAUAAUCGGCCAAUGUCCAUUGCCGUGUCACCACUAUACCAAUUGUUCCACGUGCUUAAGUAAUGACGACAGCGAACAACCCAAAGACUGCAAAUGGUCCACAAUGUUGAAUACGUGUCUUUCGCCGCAAACACAGCCAUUGCUGUGUGCAGGCGGUGUAUGUGGUUUGGUGCUGGAAGCCAAUGAGACCGACCACUGUCCGGAGCCUUGUAAUGUGUAUACACAGUGUUCGACGUGUUUGGAACAUGCCCACUGUGGCUGGUGUGCCAGAGAUGGGUAUAAUGGCGAUGGCAUAUGUACAGAAGGAUCACUCGAAAACAAACAGGAAUAUCCUUCAUCGUCCACGUGCGAUCUAAUCUAUGCUCAACUUCGUAAUGAUUCAAUGCUUAAACCAACCGAUGUUGUCUCAUGGAACUAUGUCAAGUGUCCGGCGGAAAAUGAAUGUACAAAUGAUCACCACCAUUGUCAUCCGGAAUCAGAAAAGUGUAUAGACACCCCGCAUGGUUAUCAUUGUGAAUGUGGCGAAGGAUAUCGACCCGAAAAUGACACCUGCAUACCGGUCUGUAGCCAGGGCUGCGUCCGUGGUAAUUGUGUGCGCCCGGAUAUGUGCGAAUGUGAUUUUGGUUAUGUGGGUGCCAACUGCAGUAUCCAAUGUCUGUGCAAUGGUCAUUCAAACUGCAGGGGACCCAAUUUACUGGACGACUGUAUUGAAUGUCAUAACAACACCAUGGGACCACAGUGUGAAAAAUGUCAACCAUUAUUUGUAGGAGAUCCGAGAGAGGGCAGAGCUUGUGUACCAUGUCAUGAAUAUUGCAACGGACAUACCGAUUCGUGUAUAGCCCAUGACUCGGAGCCAACUUAUUUCAACAUGACUCGAGAAGAACUGGAACGCAAUCUGCCCGAGGGACCGCUAGGCAAUGCAACAUGCCUUCGAUGUGCCAAUAAUACAGCCGGUGAACGCUGUGACACCUGCAUUGUGGGAUAUUUUCGCGGUUCCGAAGACCAUCGAAAAGAGUGUCGUCCAUGUCAGUGUCAUGGUCAUGGCAAUGUCUGUGAUCCGGUAACGGGUGAAAAGUGCAAUUGUGGUAACAAUACCGAGAGUGAUGCCACAUGUACAGCGGGCGGGGGUAAAAAUUCUGCACAUCUCUGUUGGAGUGUUCAAUGUUCGAAAUGCCGAGAUUCAUAUGCAGGAAAUCCCAUUGAUGGACAUCAGUGCUAUAAACAGAUUACCGUGGAAUCAAGAAUGUGUUUCGAUGCCAAACCCAUAGAGGAAUGUAAAGCCAAACCAGCAGCAUUAAAGCCUGGACAAACGGUGUUCUUUGUCAUACAGCCACGUUUCAUGAAUGUCGAUAUACGGGUAAUCAUAGAUGUUACACAGGGUGAACUGGAUGUUUAUAUGUCACCCCAAGAUGAUUCAUUUAUCGUAGAAACGAAUGAGACCAAUGGUUAUCAUGAGAUCUUUUUGGACAACCGUUACAAUUGGGGUCCGAAAAUUAAACGCUCACACCCCUUAAAUAUAGCACAACCGAAAUACGACAAUAGCACAUCGUUUUCGAAACUGGUAAUGAGCGAUAAACGAAACAGUUAUUACGUGCCGCAUAUUCAAGACUGCAAAAGUCACGGUGGCCAUAGUUUUUAUGUCAAGGAUCAACAUGCCAAGGAUUUGAGCACACAUGUCACAUUAAAUCAUUGCAACACCCUCCUGAGAUUAUUUGGCCUAAAAAAUCGUUUGGUAUUAACAUUGCCCCAACACGCUCAUAAUUUAAGCGCCACACGUUUUUUCAUUGCUCUGCGAGCUAGUUCUGGACCAGAACCCAGCUAUGGCUCUGUUGUGUUCCGUCAAGAUCAAUUACACAUCGAUUUGUUUGUCUUCUUUUCGGUGUUCUUUUCUUGUUUCUUUUUAUUUUUGGCAGUUUGUGUAGUCAUAUGGAAGGUGAAGCAAACAGCUGACAUCCGAAGAGCACGUCGCCAACAUGUUGUAGAACUAUUGCAUUUAGCCAAACGUCCAUUUGCGUAUGUAUUCCUGGCGGCAAAUUCCUUUGAUUUGGAUAGCCCACAUCCCACGACAUCGUCUACGUCGGCAGCGGCGAAUAAUCGAGUUGUUCGCAGUGCUACCGGUGCUCGUUCUAAGCAUCAACAUCAAGCGGCCAGUGGUAAUAAUCUAUUGCCCGAAGUGCUGUUAAUAGCAAUCGAGCCAACGGCCGAUAAUUUAGCAGCAGUUGGUACAGUGUUUGUAAGUUUGCCUGGUCGCUAUAAGGCUCCGUUGAGCAUGGCAUUAGGUUCUACCCUAAUAUCAUAUCCACCACGUUUAUAUCAAGUAAACAAUCGUCACUACACCCGGGCGCCUAGGGGAAAUUCUGCACCAGUGGCAAAUAGUGGUGGAGGUGGUGUUGUUGCUCCAGCACCUGUCCCACCAGUGGCUGCUGGUACAGCUCGACAAAAUCGUCAAGGAGUCAUUGCCGAUGCGGAUGCAUUGCCUGUAUAUAAUUUGAAUUUGUAAAACGUUAAAAAGGAUAAGACAGAAAAAAAAAACAUCUACGUGCAACAACAAUGGAAUUUACAAAAGACAAAUACUAUAGAAAACAAAAAAACAACAACUUCCAGGAAUACCACAAACCAUGGCGUUCGACAUUAGUCUAAUCUCUAGUGAAUUGAUGAUAAUUUUCGUGCAUAUAUAUAGAAAUGUAAGUAUAGAUUAAAUAUAAAAACCAGUUUUGUAUAUUAUUUGUUUAGUGCUAGGAUAUAUACAAUAUUAGGCAACUAACUAUCUCUCUUUACAGCAAGUGUGUUUAAAUGAAAAUGUAUUUUUUCUAUUAGAUAAGCAAUUUAUUUGAAUAAUAAUGCAAUUUCGUGUUGAAGCAUAGGUUUUACACAUUUUUUUGAUGUGUAUUUUUUAAAUGAUCAAAUAUUUCGAUCAGUUCACUAAUCUAAUCUCAUACCAAGCUGCUUUUGCAAAUGCAAUUUGAUUUUUUCAAGGCAAAUGCAAUUUGAUGGCAACAAUGCAUUGUAAUUUUACAAUAAUUUAUUUUCAAUACUGAUAUUUUGUAUGAAACAAAUACGUUUUCAAUGUCCUAAUUUAUUUUUUUUUGUAUUUUAUUUAACGUAUAAGAAAUGCAUUGUAAUGGUCUACCAUCAAAGCAUUUGUAUUUCUAUUUCGGUAUUAUCCAAAUUGUAUUUCAUUCCUUUUUUCAAGGUUUUUUUUUCUAUGUUAAGUAUAGGCAACAAAAGUGCAAUAAUAUUAACAUACACUAAAGAGAGCAUACACACAAAUAUAUUACACAAUAUUCGAAUUACUUUGUAGCAACUUGUGGCAAUUACAGUUUCCAAAUUAAACUUGCAAAAGAAACAUUUGUUUCAAAAUGAAUGAGUUCAAAAUUAGAAAAUCAUAUUGUAGGUCGGAUAUAGGGGUAUUUAUCGAAAUUACCACAGAAUGGAAAAUGACGGAACACCUUUUUGGGAAAUUUUCAAUUUAAAAAUGUUAUUUCAGUAUAGCUUCGAUAUUCUUAGAAGAUUUCAGUCGCAAUUUACAAACGAUUCAACUGAAAUAUGGAUAUUUUGAUUUGUAUAAAUAUUUUUUUCUAAAUCCACGUUUAUACGACAUAUAAUGUACCUCUCAAACUUCGGGGAAAUCUGGCAAAACAUUUGCAACGGAGGUUCACUAUUUGAUGUAGCAUCGAUUUAACGAGUUAUCUUCGUCUUCGGUAUUUUAAGGAUUUUAGUCACAAUUUCUCCCUCCACCAUACAUAGUAUGGAGGGUAUAAUAAGUUCG